AUGUUGAACGGCGUCUCCAUCUCAGUCUCCGAAGACGACGGCGAUGUCGCGGGGAGGACGCGAGCCCGUGCCCGCUACAAGCGCAAAAAGCCGUGGCCCGGAUGGCGUCGCGAGUUCCUCCGGCGGGUGGUGAGGACCGCGAUCCGAUGGUGGCGUGUGCUGCUGUUCCUCCCAGCCUUCGUUCUUCUCCUCGAGAUCAUGCGGGUAGGGAAGAAGCUUUCCGACGAAGAUCGACCCAAUCUGACCGCUUCCGCCAAGGAGGAAGAGUCUCCGCGGAACCUUAAUCGCCUCGAUCCGAUGACCAGAGUCGUUCACGGCGUCAGAGAGCCCUGCCUUAAGAUCCUUGAUCCAGAGCAGAUUGAAAAUUUAGGGUUUCCUGCAUCUGCAGAAGUAGAUUUCCCUGCCAAGAGAUUGCUAUAUAAAGUAGAUUCAGGUGAACACCAUGUUGAAGGCAAUGUUACAUUUCUGCAGAACAAUGGCACUGGAAGGUUUAAUUCGUUUACUGGAUAUCAAACACUCGACGAAAGAGAACAAAGUUUCAAGGUUAAUGAAACUGCUGUCGUGCAUUGUGGCUUUUACAGUGAAAAAGGAGGCUUUAAAAUUUCUGGUGUCGACAAAGAUUACAUGCAAACAUGCAAAGUAGCAGUCUCAACUUGUGCAUUUGGCGGAGGGGAUGAUCUGUUUCAACCUAUAGGAAUGACAAAUGCAUCACUUGAGAAGGUUUGCUAUGUGGCAUUCUGGGAUGACAUUACUCUUUCGUCUCAGGAAAAGAAUGGGAAAGUAAUUGGUGAAGACCACAUGAUCGGUAAGUGGCACAUUGUGGUUGUCAAGGAUCUUCCUUUUUCGGACCAACGGUUGAAUGGAAAAAUACCCAAGAUGUUGAGCCAUCGACUUUUCCCUAACACAAGGUUUUCAAUUUGGGUCGACUCAAAAUCCCAAUUUCGAAGGGAUCCAAUAGGUGUACUUGAAGCUCUACUUUGGCGCACUAAUUCUGUGCUUGCCAUUUCUGAACAUGGAGCUCGUAGCAGCCUGUACGAUGAGGCAAAGGCUGUUGUAAAGAAACACAAAGCCACACCAGAGGAAGUGGAGAUUCAACUGCGUCAGUAUCAACUAGAUGGUAUUCCCGACGAGAAGAGACUGUAUGGAAAGAAAGCUCUUGCUGAAGCAUCAGUCAUAGUGAGGGAGCACACUCCAUCGACAAACAUGUUCAUGUGUCUCUGGUUCAAUGAGGUCGUUCGAUUCACCUCAAGAGAUCAACUCAGCUUCCCCUAUGUUCUCCGACGUUUAAAAAUCCCUCGACUAAAUAUGUUUCCCGUAUGUACCAGAAAGGACCUUGUAAACAGUAUCGGGCAUACACACAAGGUGAAACCUCUUGUAAGGCAAACCAGUUAAUCCUUCAAUGCUUAAAUAGGCAACUCACACUCAUCACAAUUCUUUUCGAGUUAUCUACUUAACUGAAACUGGAAGAGGUGAUUUGGACAUAGUUAGAACUGUAAAAAAUAGUGAUAAUUAUUUCAUUCUUUUAGUGAAUGAUAGUAAUUCCAUCAGUUCUUCA